UGAAGAGCAGCUUGAAAACACUUUGAUUCUGAUCUUUGAAUUAUCAUCUUCUAUUGCUUGGAAAAGACCCUCUUCCAGUAACUUCAGAUCUACCCCCAUGCUGCUGUGGGUAUUGAUGCUGGCCUUUGGUUUGGUCAGCAGACAAGCUUCAAUUGCAAAGAAGGCUGUGGUCCACCUCAGCCCUCCAUGGACUACUAUCUUCAAUGGGGAGAAAGUGACUCUGACGUGCCAUGGAUUCAACUCCUCCAAACCAGCGAUAACUCAGUGGUACAAAAACCAACAAUUGCAAGCAUUUUGGUCUACAAACAGCAUUGAGACUAAUCAGACUGGACAGUACCGAUGCCAGACCCAGGGUUCAGCCCUCAGUGAUCCUGUGAACCUGGUAGUUUCUUCUGAUUCGCUGAUCCUGCAGACCCCAUAUUCUGUGUUUGAAGGAGACACAUUGAUUCUGAGAUGCCAAGAACGUGAUGGUGAUGUGACAGUCACAAACGUGACAUACUAUAAAGAUGGAAGGAUAAUUUCUUAUUUCCGUAAACACUCUAAUUUCACCAUCCCACGAGUUGGCUUAAGUUACAGUGGCAAAUAUUACUGCACAGGAGUUCCUAUGUAUAAAAUAAUUACUUGGAAAAGAAGUUCGAGAAGAGUAGAGCUCAAAGUCCAAGAACUGUUUUCACCCCCUGAGCUGAAAACCACAACCUCCGAGCCCAGCGAGGGAACUUCAGUGACCCUGAGCUGUGAGACCCAGCUUCCUCCACAGAGGUCAGGCACAGAGCUGCACUUCUCCUUCAUCAGAGAUGGCAGGGUCAUCACAUCAGGCUGGAAUAAGUCCCAGGUGCUCCACAUCCCAAACAUCUGGAGGGAAGACUCAGGAUCAUACUGGUGUAAGGCAAAAGCAGUGGCUCAAAAUAUCAGGAAACAGAGCAACCCUGUGAAGAUCAGUGUGAAAAGAAUCCCCAUCUCUGGCAUCCUCAUAGAGACCCAGCCCUCUGGAGGGCAGGUGACUGAAGGAGAGAAGCUGGUCCUCAUCUGCUCAGUAUCUCAGGGCACAGGGAACAUCACAUUUUCCUGGCACAGAGAGGGCAUUAAUACAAGUCUGGGAGAGAAGACUCAACUGUCUCUGGAGGAGAAGUUUGUGCUCUCUGCUAUGAAUGAGAGUGAUGCAGGGAAGUAUUACUGUACUGCUGACAACAGCAUCAGCACCAUAAGCAGUCUGUUGGCAAAUGUCACUGUGAGAAGUAGAAGUCUCUCCUCCCAAUUCAACUCAACUGAAAAGAUUGGUGACUUGGCCUUUGGACUGAUUGUGACCCAGUUCAUUGUGGUUGUCCUCUCUGCUUCUGCACUUCUAUUUUUCUUUGGACCUUGGAGUAAACCAGAGCCUUUUCCUUUAACAGCCUGAAGUGGGGUUGGGCUCUUCCUUCUUCUCUCUGGAGGCUGGAAGCCAGAUGCUGCCCUCAAAGCAAUUCCAUGCUUGAAGAGGACUGAAGAGGGACUUAAAGGAGACUCAUGAAGGCUGGAUCUCUCUUGCUUCUCACCACCACAUCCCUGCCCCUCACAUCAGCAGGGUCUUCAUCACCAGCAAUAAGGAGAGAGUCCCAUACC